CUGGGUUAACGGAAGUGUCAUUUACUGAGAUGAAGAUAAUUAUGGGAGGAACAAGUUUGGAAGGGAAAGUGAAAAGUUCAGCUCCAAUGCUUAACUCAGAUGUCUGAUGGCCCUCCAGGAGAGAUGGUGAAAGGGGAAGAGGACUAGACUGCGGACGGACUCGCGUAGAACGACGAAGAGAGAGGUAGACGGACUGACGCACGUACGUACCGGCGGACGCGCCGACAGAGCCAGCAAGCAGCCCGGAGUAAAUAUCCCGGAUUCCCCCCCGGGGGCGGCCGAGCGCCAAGGCUGCGUAACUGCGCCUGCGCCUGGGGCGCCACCGCGUCUACUCUACGCAUGCGUGGCGCGGCCCAACGCCGACUGGAGCUUGAAGAUGGCGGCUUCCGUGGUUUGCCGGGCGGCCUGCUCCGCGACGCGAGUGCUGCUGUGCACCCGCCGCUCGCAGCCCGCCCUGCUGAGGUCUCCUGCCUUCCGGGGCACCGCCACCUUCGCCCAGGCCCUCCAGAGCGUGCCAGAGACGCAGGUCAGCCUGCUGGACAGCGGGCUGCGAGUGGCCUCGGAGCAGUCCUCCCAGCCUACCUGCACGGUGGGGGUGUGGAUUGACGGUGGCAGCCGUUACGAGACUGAGAAGAACAAUGGGGCAGGCUACUUUGUGGAGCAUCUGGCUUUCAAGGGAACAAAGAAUCGGCCUGGUAAUGCCUUGGAGAAGGAGGUGGAGAGCAUGGGGGCCCAUCUUAAUGCCUAUAGCACCCGGGAGCACACGGCUUACUACAUCAAGGCACUAUCCAAGGACCUGCCGAAAGCUGUGGAACUCCUGGCCGACAUUGUGCAGAACUGCAGCCUGGAAGACUCACAGAUUGAGAAGGAGCGUGAUGUGAUCCUGCGGGAGCUGCAGGAGAAUGAUGCAUCUAUGCGGGAUGUGGUCUUUGACUACCUGCAUGCCACGGCGUUCCAGGGCACACCUCUAGCCCAGGCUGUGGAGGGGCCCAGUGAGAAUGUCAGGAAGCUGUCUCGUGCAGACCUGACCGAGUACCUCAACCGGCAUUACAAGGCCCCUCGCAUGGUGCUGGCAGCAGCUGGAGGGGUGGAGCACCGGCAGCUGUUAGACCUCGCCCAGAAGCACUUCAACAGCGUCUCUGGGACAUACACAGAGGACGCUGUGCCCACUCUCGCUCCAUGCCGCUUCACUGGCAGCGAGAUCCGCCACCGUGACGAUGCCUUGCCUUUGGCCCAUGUGGCUAUUGCGGUGGAGGGGCCUGGCUGGGCCAACCCGGACAAUGUGGCCCUCCAAGUGGCCAAUGCCAUCAUCGGCCACUAUGACUGCACUUAUGGUGGCGGCACGCACCUAUCUAGCCCGCUGGCUUCAGUUGCCGUGGCUAACAAGCUGUGCCAGAGUUUCCAGACCUUCAACAUCUGCUAUGCAGAGACUGGGUUGCUGGGUGCACACUUUGUGUGUGACCGCAUGAGCAUUGAUGACAUGAUGUUCUUCCUGCAAGGCCAGUGGAUGCGCCUAUGCACCAGUGCCACGGAGAGUGAGGUGGUCCGGGGCAAAAACAUCCUCAGAAAUGCCCUGGUAUCUCAUCUGGAUGGCACCACUCCUGUGUGUGAGGACAUUGGACGCAGUCUCCUGACCUAUGGCCGCCGCAUCCCCCUGGCUGAGUGGGAAAGCAGGAUUGCGGAAGUGGAUGCCAGUGUGGUGCGUGAGGUCUGCUCCAAGUACUUCUAUGACCAGUGUCCGGCAGUGGCUGGAUUGGGCCCCAUUGAGCAGCUCCCAGACUACAACCGGAUCCGUAGCGGCAUGUUCUGGCUGCGCUUCUAGGCAAGAAGCCCAUGCAGGCAAGAGGCUGGGGCCGGUGUUCGUGGUCCCCCCACCACAAACAUACUACCUCAGUUCUUCAAACCUGUGCUGCAGAUUACCACCAAUAAAGUCCUGUGUUCAGA